AUUAUUAACCACAAGUGCGCGUUUGUAGCGAGUUAGAAAUAAUUACACAGACGUAUUAAAAUCGAUUACUUCGUAAGGUCAGACCAAAGCUCCACAACACCUGCUGAAAUUGAAUUAUUUAUUAACAACAAAACAUAUGAAAGCAGGUAUUAAGGAGAUUCAAUUUAUCUCAUUCACAGUGAUUGCCGCCAGUUCCUGAGCAGGUGUGUUGUCAAUGGUUAAAAGAUAACUUACCCAAUAAAACAGGUUGCCUGUUUAAUCGACUUUCAGUUUCCUUGGCAUAGAUAUAAUUUCAGUUAUUGUCUCAGUCAAGCCGGCGUGUUGUUUAGAUCAAGAUCUACUAUUUGCUUCCAAAAUGUACACAAUUUUGGAAACUCUUUUUGUUAUAGGGUGUGUUGCUUUUGCUUGUGGAGAACAGCAAGCGGUUGUUAAAAUCGUGAAUAAUGGUACAAGCAAAGUUGAUGGGGUUGUGUACUUCAAGGAAAGUACUAAUGGGAUAUUGGUAACAGGAAAUAUUACUGGAUUAACUCCAGGUUCUCAUGGUUUCCACGUUCAUGCCAUUGGGGAUAUUUCUGGAGGAUGCCUUACCACCGGCGCACAUUUCAAUCCGAAAAACGUUUCUCAUGGAGGCCCAAAUGCAACUGUGCGCCACGUCGGAGAUCUAGGAAAUAUCGAAGCUGAUGAGACUGGGCUUGCUGUGAUCAAAAUCUCAGACAGCAUCAUCGCUUUAAGUGGAGAAAAUAGCAUUAUCGGAAGAGGAAUCGUAAUACAUGAGGAUCCUGAUGAUUUUGGACUAACCGACGCGAGCGAUUCGAAAACUACAGGCCAUGCAGGUGCCAGAGUCGGUUGUGGAGUCAUCGGAACUUUGUAAUUAUUACAAAAAAACGAGUGAAUCGAGUUCAGCGAACACCGUCCGAUCGACAAUCUUAGUUGCUUGGAUUUUAGUAGUAUUUGCAUGCCUUGUUCGUACAUUGUAACACUCAGACGUACAAUUUUUUGAUGUGUUUGAUUUUUUUAACAAUUUGUAGUAAAAAAUAAUUUGUUAGAGGAUUAGUACUUUUAACAAAAUUAGAACAAUGUAACAAUGUAAUAAACAAUUAUUAGUCAGCUGAUCAUUAGCCCAAUUUUGUUAGCUUUGAUUUUUGAUCGACAAAUUUAAACGGAAAAUAAAAAGUGACUAAAAAAUAUACUUAGUAGCUGACCCGGUAAAUGUUGUUUUGCCAUGUAAAUUAUUCCUGAGAUUAUAUUUUAGAAGAAAAAAAACUUAUUUUCAGUGCGUAGAGUUGUGGUAAUGAGUGGCCGAAGCUUGGAGCGCUGUGAACGAUGAUGGAAUAUAAAAAUAACAAUACCAAA